AUGGCCAUUGAAACUAUCACCACGAUGACAGACAAUACUAAAGAGCCUAAAGACGCGUUUGUCCAGUCGCUGUUGGAGGCGCUUUUGAAGAUCAGUGAUCGCGGAUCAGGUAACGAUAAACAAAAGCUAAUAUUCAAGACUCUGGAUGCAUUAAAACUACUGUGUCCUGAAGAUCUGGAUGGACGGUUGUGCAGGGAGCAGAUUGAGGGGAUUGAUAUCUUUACACCGAUUUUGAGUUGCGACGAAUUGAAACACAAGUGGGACAUUGUCGCCUCAUAUAUGGCGAUAUGUUCGGUUCAUCGCCAGUUACAGCCUUUGAUAACAGGAUCCAUCACAUCCUGGCGCGAUUCCUUGCCUUCGGAAGAGAUAUCGCCUGUGAAUGGGGAUGACUCUUAUAAGCGCGGCUUCUACUCAAUCGUAUCGCAGCUUACAGAAGUGGAUGUGUUGAGGCCGCAAACUUUCGAGUACCUCAAGCUCAAUCUGGGACCUACUUUGGUGGCAUCUUGGACUCCACUCUGGCUGGAGUGGUUGGGAAAACGGAGACCAGCCUUGAGUGAGCUGGAUUUGCUGGACGAUUCGAAGGUGGACUUUUACAUCGCCACUUGCGGCGAGGAGUUUGUGAAACAGUAUGUUUGCAAGCGCAAGGGAGGCUCUUGGGAGUACUUGGUGUUCAAGAUCUGUCUUAGAAUGGUUCGGUUUCCGAAUUGGAUUCCGCAGUCGUCCUACAGGUUAGCGGUUCAACGAGUAGCUCCAGCACAAUCGGAAUUUGACGGCCUAACUUUUGCUGUACAAGUUGUCAUGGAGGUUGUCGAUCAUCCAGAGUUGAACUUCUUCGAGACUCCACAUCUAGCUUUGCUGCUGUCGGAAGCUUUGAAGAGGAUGCAAAAAAUUCCGUCUCAUAUCUUGCACGCCACCCUAGGGUCAUUCUCUUGCGUUCAGAGCUUAUCGGCGCUAAUCAACAUGACCCAAUACCUGCUGGCAAAAUUUUUGAUCAAUACAGGCGAAACUAUUCGUUUGAUCAACAUGAAAUCACAGAUUGACGUUAAGCCUGAUGAUGGCAGUUGGUAUAAAUCGAAACCAAGCCUGUUCCAGAUACCUCAUUGGUUUGAAAAAUCAAUUAUGCCGCCAAUCCCUCCUAUUUCGAAAUCAAGCCUUAUUUUCCAAAACAGCGCAUCUGAAUGGGAAGGUGGAUCUUGCAGCAUGGAAGCAGUGACAGAUUUACUGCUCGAUUCGCUCAGUACUGUAUGCCUGAUUAAUGAAAGGAUUUUAGAGGAAUAUCAAGAGUUAGAUAUCGAUCCAAUGCAACCAGAUGACGCUGUGAAGGAGCUCCCCUCCGGUAUUCUCCAUAAGCUGAAGCAAAGCUACACCGAACUUUAUCUGAUACCGAUCACGACAACUUUAUUACUUUCUUGCCAGCUGAACACGGUGGAAAACAAACUUAUUGGUAAAGCAAAGGCACAAACUUUGAGUCGUCUUCUCUAUUUCCAUUCCGUAAGAAUCUGCGAAGAACUGGUAAGGAUUCAUGGAGCGGCUGGCUUGUUCUAUCUGAUUGACUUUGCAGCUAAAGUUUCAUUGGAGGAUUUGGUUUUGCAAAGAGUUUGGGUCGAGAUAUUGAAUCACAUAUUCUUUCACAGUGCGCGCAGCCUCGCCAAACGAUUUUUUGAGGAUAGUGCAUUAGUUGAGCGGACUCUGCUGGAUUAUGUCACGCUCUGGAAUGAUGGUACCGAAGCAUUUGAGAAUUUUUUUGUUCAUCUCUUCAACCAAGCACAGCCAACUAUUGAGACUAUCUGCAUCGAACUUGAUGAUCUAAUCAGGCUAUUGCCUGAUGGCGAGAAGAUUCUGGCAAAGAGCAGACCAAGAGCAGCAACAGGAAAAGCACACGUGAGGCAAUCAAACACACUGUGUGAAACAGAAGUCUUUAUGCCUAGCGUCACUAACACCCUCCAGCAGAACAAAUAUGACCCAUAUUCUGCGGCGCCAUUUGUACCGGCCAAGAAAUGUACUCGCAGUUUACUUAUGAAUGCAAAGAGCAAAGCAGUUGCUUGCGGAUUUCGAGCUGUUAACCACGACAGCAGUCUCCCAAACGAAUCGACUUCAAGUCAAAUGUUAACCCCCACCUCGUUGCAUAACAAUGCGGAAAUGCGCCACGCUGGAGUAAAUGAUCACUUAACGGCCAACACUUCUGCAGAAAAGUUCAGUUUCGAUUUGUGCAGUCCCAAUACUCGGUUGGACUCGACACCGAGGACACCUAAUCUAGCGACAUCGACCUUGUUCAAUAGUCCCUGGAAUGAUUCGCCAGAUAUUCAUUCUACUCCAAGUAUAUGCAAGUUUGUGAGUACCGGCAAGAACUAUAUUCUCGGAGGUCACAAUCGUAUAAGGAAUAACAGUAGGGCGCAAUCGAUUCACAUUGACAGUUUCGACAGUGAAAAUUAUGGGACAUAA